AUGGUUGAUAUCGAGCCCCGACAACGAGAUAUUAGAAAAUGGUUAAUGAAGGCACAUGAUAAAGGCAAUGGCAAUGCCUCGCAGCCUGCCACUACCAGCGCUGAGAAGAAACCUCCUCCGGCUGAGCUAACGACCGAAACACCUGGCAUAAAGUUCGAAGAUUGGGGUAAAAAAAUAUGGGGGACAUGGAUGGCAAAUAGACCCCUUUUGCUUUGCGAAAAAGUAUAUGGAAUUGAACUUAAGGGAGUUGAGGAAACAUUGCAUGAAGUUCAAGAAGGUUCAGGCAGAAGGAAAACUAGCAAGUAUUUUGCGGUGAACAAACAGAGGCCUAAAGAGGAUAAUGAAGCAGAGGAACUUCCAGCAAAGAGAAAAACUAAAAAUGAUGGUGACCAAUCGGAGAAACCCCGGCCUUCAAAGAAGGUUCACAAAGCUGAUGAUGAUGAAGAAGAUGAUGACUUUGCCUUGCCCAAUAAGAAGAAUGAUGCCACUUCUAGUAAGAAAUUGAAGAGUGGUUCAGGUAGGGGAGUCGCUUCAAAAUCUGUUGAUGUUAAUGAAAGCGAUGAUGAUGAUGGCAAGGAUACUGAAUCUCCUCUUAAGUCUGGUGGAAGAGGUCGUGGUGGUAGGGGUGCAUCUGGGGCAUCAGCUGGUGGAAGGGGCAGAGGUGGUGGACGGGGAGGAUUUAUGAAUUUUGGUGAGAGGAAAGAUCCUCCGCAUAAAGGAGAAAAGGUAAAUCGUGACUGGGAUUUGUCUGAUUCAAUUAAUUAUAACCAUUUGGAACGCUUGACAGUGUCUUUACCAUGUGAUCUAACCAUCCGAAUUUUGAACUUGCACCAUGUUGACAGUUUGGAAAGAGAAGAAGCAGAAGACUUGAUUAAACGGCAUGGAGGUCGUAUUACUGGAUCUAGUUAUCUCUUAUGUGAUGAGGAUAUUGAGGGACGAAAAUCUGCGAAAGCCAAAGAACUUGGUACGCCCUUUCUUACCGAGGAUGGACUGUUUAAUAUGAUCCGCUCCUCAAAGAAUUCAAAAGCCCCAGCACCAGAAGAUUCAAAGGUGUCUGUGGAGAAAGUUGUCGCAUCUCUGCCAAAGAAAAGUCCUCAGAAUGUCGAUUCAAAGAGUAACUCUGUGAUGUCAAAUGUACACAGCAAAGGUUUUGCUGCAGGUGCCAAGCAAGCAAAGCAGAAGGAUCAAACUAUGGAUCGUUUGUCCCUAACAUGGACAGAGAAAUAUAGGCCAAAGGUUCCAAAUGAGAUUAUAGGGAAUCAAUCACUGGUUACCCAACUUCAUAAUUGGUUGAAGAAUUGGAACGAGCAGUUCCUUGAUACUGGAAACAAGGGAAAGGGUAAAAAACAAAAUGAUUCGAGCUCUAAAAAAGCUGUGCUAUUGAGUGGAACACCUGGUAUAGGGAAAACAACGUCAGCAAAGCUGGUAAAUGCCAGUGACAGUCGUGGGAAGGCAGAUGCAAAGAUUUUUAAAGGAAUUGGUGGAAGCAAUGCAAAUUGCAUAAAGGAACUUAUCAACAAUGAAGCUCUGGGUUUUAACAUGGAUAGGUCAAAGCAUCCAAAAACAGUUCUGAUCAUGGAUGAGGUAGAUGGAAUGUCUGCUGGUGAUAGAGGUGGAGUUGCUGAUCUUAUUGCUAGCAUAAAGAUUUCCAAAGUUCCUAUCAUCUGCAUCUGUAAUGACCGUUAUAGUCAGAAGCUGAAGAGUCUUGUUAACUAUUGCUUGCUUCUUAGUUUCCGGAAGCCUACAAAACAACAGUGGCCUCUAGCACUGCUUAAACCUGCACUUUGCACACCAGAAAUCCUUGCUGGAACUCUUGACUGGAAUCUGAAUUACAUGCACACUUUCAGGAUAAUCAGAAUGGCAAAGAGGCUAAUGCAAGUUGCAAAUGCAGAAGGCCUUCAAGUUAAUGAGAUUGCACUUGAGGAGCUUGCAGAAAGGGUGCAUGGAGAUAUGCGCAUGGCAUUAAAUCAAUUGCAGUAUAUGAGUCUCUGCAAGUCAGUCAUUAAUUAUGAUGAUGUAAGACAGCGCCUUCAAGGAAGUGGAAAAGAUGAAGAUAUUUCACCAUUCUCUGCUGUGGAUAAGCUGUUUGGCUUUAAUGGAGGGAAGCUGAGAAUGGAUGAGCGGAUUGACCUCAGUAUGAGUGAUCCUGAUUUGGUUCCUCUUCUUAUUCAGAGCCUAAACCUUGAUGCUAUCAUAUUAGAAGGCUCCGUGACACUAGGUUCAAAGGAGAAACUUGUCUUCUGCGAAAAUUACAUCAAUUAUAGGCCAAGUUCUAUUGGUAAAGAUGACAAUGGGAUGAAACGUAUGAGCUUGAUUGCACGUGCUGCUGAGUCUAUUGCCGAUGGAGAUAUUAUAAAUGUGCAGAUUCGAAGAUAUCGACAGUGGCAGCUAUCUCAAACUGGUUCUCUUUCAUCCUGUAUUAUUCCUGCUGCAUUGUUGCAUGGAUCAAGGGAGACACUUGAACAGGGUGAACGGAAUUUUAAUAGAUUUGGUGGGUGGCUGGGAAAGAAUUCAACAAGGGGCAAAAAUUUGAGGCUUUUGGAGGAUCUGCAUGUUCAUCUCCUUGCUUCUGGCGAAUCUAAUUUGGGGAGGGAGACACUUCGACUUGACUAUCUUACGGUUCUUCUGAAGCAAUUGGCUGAUCCUCUUCGGGUGCUCCCUAAGGAUGAAGCUGUUGAGAAGGUUGUGGAGUUCAUGAAUGUAUACUCGAUUAGUCAGGAGGAUAUGGAUACUAUUGUAGAGUUGUCAAAAUUUCAGGGGCAUGGGAAUCCAUUGGAUGGCAUACCAUCAACUGUUAAAGCUGCUCUGACAAGGGCAUAUAAAGAAGGAAGCAAAUUGAGAAUGGUGCGAGCUGCAGAUUUAGUCACACUUCCUGGAAUGAAAAAGGUUCCUAAGAAGCGCAUUGCAGCAAUACUAGAACCUUCUGAUGAAGGUUUAAGAGAGGGAAAUGGUGACCCGUUGGCUGAAAGUGAAGGAGAAAACUCUUCUGACCCAGAGGAUACUGAAGGAACUGGCAAUGCUGAGAAGCUGAAGUCUGAACUUCAGAGUUUGAAUUCAAAAGGAGUCCAAGUAGAGGUGGAAUUAAAGGGCAAGGCAAAUUCAAAUUCUAAGAAGACUCCAACAGGUAGAGGAAAACAAGGUUCUGCAUCUGCUGAAAGGAAACCAGCAGGCAGAGGGAGAGGUGGUUCUGGUUCCUCGGAGAAAGCUGGAGCUAAGAGAAAGAGAUGA